CUGGCGUUAGACGUGUUUCAUUUCAUCUGUGACCUCUGAAAAGCCCUUGUUUUCAACUUUGAUGAUGUCACUCCGGUUUAAGCUUGUGUUUUUUACCCCCAAAACUCACACCGCGGUGAUCCUGAGCACGCUGUUCAAACAAUGCCCGAAUGUACUCGGUAAGAUCGGUCAGUAUGAGGAAUGCGCAUUCAUCACUCCUGGAGUCGGACAGUUCAAGCCAGGGCCUGGCGCUCGGCCUCUUACUGGAGAGCCUGGCAAGCUUGAAUACGUGGAUGAGGAUAGGGUGGAAAUUGUGGUCAAUGAUCAAGGCGACAAAGUACAACUCAAGCAUGCGAUAAGUCAUUUGAAAGCGGUUCAUCCGUACGAAGAGGUUGCAUAUGAUGUCUACAGACUUGAAGACGUUUAGGUCAUGCAAACCCUUACUUGCCUUUGUUUCUCGGACGGCGGCUGGUUGUUAUCUCAAUUUGAAAUACAGCCGAGCUAAAUGGCCCAAUGCGCUUGGACUUAGUGCCACUGGUCGGGUGAAGACGUCUUACUCCUCCACCGCCUCACACUUUGGUUAUGCGAAAUGAAAAACACGUCUUGGUCUACCAAUGACCCGUCCUGCAUCGUGCCACGGGCGCGACUCAUAUUCCAACUUCGGCCGCCU